AUGAUUACCUAUAUGAAUUUCGUAUCUCGUUUAAAACGAGUCUUUUCCCGUCCUACCAACUGUUUGUUAUGUCUUAUAUUUUGUAUGAUGUCUUUGCAUUCGUACUUUCUUUUAUUUGACAUUCUUGAAAGAUUAAUAGUUGUGCCAGAAGGAUCCAAUCAGAAAAUUGAUGUAUCUGAAAAUGUUGAUUCAUCACUUCGAUUCACAAAUGCAGAAACUGAAUUAAAAUUUUCUGGAGAUCAUUCUGGAUUAGAAGAAUUGAAUGUAUUACAAAAUAAUUACGAAAAUAUAGAACAAGAUGUGGAAUACGAUGCUAUAGAUAAAUAUAAGAUAGAAUAUAUUGAGCAAUAUUCUGAUGAAAGGAACAUCCAAGUAUAUGUAGAAAAUUAUUAUGAAAACAAUGAACCUGAUGAGAAUCAAGAAAAACAGAUGGAAGAUAAUGAGGAAGAACAAAUGGGAGAUACUGUGAAAGAGCAUAUGGAAUAUACUGAGAAAGAACAAAUGAAAGAUAAUGAGGAAGAACAAAUGGGAGAUACUGUGAAAGAACAUAUGGAAUAUACUGAGAAAGAACAUAUGAAAGAUAAUGAGAAGGAACAUAUGGAAUAUACUGAGAAAGAACAAAUGAAAGAUAAUGAGGAAGAACAAAUGGGAGAUACUGUGAAAGAACAUAUGAAAGAUAAUAAGAGAGAACAUAUGAAAGAUAAUGAAGAAAAUAAUAAUAUCAAUUCGACGAACAAUACUAUGCAUAAUAAUCUAAGAAUACAUAAAAAAGCAAACGAAACAAAUAUAUCAAAAGGUAAUAUUAAUAAAAUUUCAUCAGAAAAUAUUAUUUAUAAUAUUUUUGAAAAUGUUAUAAAAAUGUCAAAAGAAAUUAUAUCUCUAAUUGCUAAAGCAUUUAUGGGGAAUAUAGAAAAAGAAGAAGAUAAAGGAAGCAAAGGAGAUAUUUCUACAUACAAUUAUUCAGAUAUAGAAAGUACAUUAAGAAUCGUACAAAUGAUGUGGUUGUUUGAUAUGGACAAUUCUGGUACACUAUAUCCAAACUCUAGAUAA